GCCAACCGAAACAAACUCCAAAAUUGAAUGUAAUGACACCUGAACUCUGUGCUGCAUUUGAUCGAUCACAAGUGACUCACAGGAAUGCCAUUUUUAUUUUAUCUGUUGCGUACAAAAGUGUGGGAAUCAAUCUGUCAACUCUUAAUCUGAGUUACAGUACAAUUUAUCGAACGCAAAUUAAAUUUAGGUCAGAUAUUGCUAAGGAUCUGAAAUCUGAAUUUCACAAAGACGACCGUUAUGUAGUGCAUUGGGACGGAAAAAUUCUCAGUGAUAUCGCAAGCACGAAAACUGUGGACCGUAUUGCAGUUCUUUUAUCAGUUUCUGGGGUUGAUCAACUUCUCGGAGUUCCAAAAGCUGACGACGAAACUGCUCUUAAACAAGCUUCUGCUGUUAUUGACACUUUGAAUCAGUGGGAAGUUGCUCCAUAUGUGAAAGCAAUGUGUUUUGAUACGCCACCUGUAAAUACUGGUAUUUACAAAGGAACUUGUGUUUUAAUCAAAAAAGAACUUGGCAGAAAAUUAGUAUGGCUUCCAUGUCGCCAUCACAUAAUGGAGAUUAUUUUGAGAGGACUUUUUGAAGACAAAGUUGAUCAAUCCAAUUAUAAAAGUGGAAUUGAGGAUGAAACUGUAGCAAAUACUUUAAUAGAAAAAAAAGCUGAAAUUGUUACUUUCAUUAACAACUGCCUACAGAUGUCAGCCUUGAGAUGA